AUGGCUCCUCGUCCAAACGAGUGGACACAGAUGCAGCAAUUCCUGGAAGACUUUCAGGAGAAUUUUCAAGAUAAUAUGAGACGAACCUUGGCUGAAGCAAUUCAGACCGGAGUUCAAGCUGGCGUACAAGCCGCCCUUGCAGCAAAUGCAGCGGACAAUGCCCCCGCAGCUCCUCGGCAACGCCACAACAACAACCCUGUUUUCGAAGUACGUGAUGACGACGAUGAUGACGAUCUGGCCAAUCCCUUCGGCGAUAAUAACCAACAUCGGCAUCCACCUCAAAACCGUCAGCACCAGCGCCGGAAUGACGACGACUCACGAUGGUCUACGGGUAUCAAACUAGAUAUCCCCGAGUAUCAUGGUGGCUCGCAGCCAGAAGACUUACUUGACUGGUUUGUGGCCGCCGACGAAUUCCUAGAGUUCAAGGAGGUUCCGGCAAACAAACAAGUCUCUUAUGUAGCAACUCGAUUCUGCGGUCACGCCGCAUCUUGGUGGAAUCAAGUUAAGUUAACACGGACUCGCCGUGGAAAAGAAAAGAUUCAGGAGUGGGACAAGUUAAAAAAACAUAUGCGCAAAACAUUCAUACCAUAUAACUUUGAGCGUCUCCUAUUCCAGAAAUUCCACAAUAUUCGACAAGGACCACGUACCGUCGAAGAGUAUGCUAAUGAAUUCUAUCAGAUGCUUACGCGUAUGGAUAUUCAUGACUCCGAGGACCAGCUUGUAGCUCGCUUUAUCACAGGUCUCCGUCCUCAACUACAGAACAUGCUACACCAGUUCGAUCCGAGCUCCGUCGCAGAAGCACGCCAAAGAGCUGUGCUGGUCGAACAACAAACACGUCUAGGAGCUAACCAAUGGACAGGAAACAAUCGCCCACGUAAUACAACGCCCGCUGAUGACUCCAAUUCCACCACAGCUACAACAAACUCAACUGGCCAGCGUUCGAACGCACGCACAACAGAACCCGUCGCAGCAGCAGCCGACGCUCGUCCUUCGCGACCUAACGCCCUUCGGUGCUUCACCUGUGGCGAGAGAGGACAUAUACAAACAGCAUGUCCUCAUGCGGGACGUCGUGGUCUAAUGGCUACUGAUCGAGAGUGUGUUGACGAACCUAUUUAUGACGAUUACGACGAACAAUGCGAAGAGGUUGACGAAGAACAAGUUCAGGGAGAUACAGGCACAUUACUCAUGUUACGCCGCAACUGUUUCGCCCCCAAAACCACCGAAGCAUGGCAACGAACGUCUCUAUUUACUUCGACUUCUACGGUCAAAGGCAAAGUUUGUCGCUUUGUUAUCGAUUCAGGAUGUUCAGCGAAUGUAGUAUCUGAAGAAGCUGUCCGCAAACUAGCACUCACGGCAGAAGCUCACUCUCAUCCUUACCGAUUGCUAUGGAUGCAAACCGGCGCAGAAGUUUAUGUGUCUCAGCGAGCAUUAUUAACUCUCUCUAUCGGUUCCUUCUAUAAAGAUAAUUUAUAUUGUGAUAUCGCCCCUAUGGAUGUGUCACAUAUCAUACUUGGGCGACCAUGGCAAUACGACAGAGAGGUCAUACACAACGGUAAAACAAACACGAACUCGUUUAUGUUUGAAGGUCGAAAGAUUACACUGCUACCGACGCCAGAGACGGAUCAGGCGAGCUCGAGCACCAACAAUCAGCCGUCACCAAAGAAAAGCUUGAUGGUAAUCUCCCGAUCGCAAUUUGAACAAGAACUGCGUGAGUCCCGCCCCCUAUUUGCAUUGGUUGCCGUCACUCCACCACCGGUUACACAGCAACCGUGCCCGCCGGCUUUCUCAUCUAUUCUUCACGAAUUCGAUGACCUAUUUCCAGAAGAAUUACUGGCUGGACUACCACCUCUACGGGACAUACAACAUCAUAUUGAUCUGGUGCCCAACGCGGUUCUACCCAAUCGCGCACACUACCGUAUGAGUCCUGAGGAACACGAGGAACUUCGUCGGCAAGUGGAGGAACUCCUUGUCAGAGGGUACAUACGAGAGAGUUUGAGUCCUUGCGCAGUUCCAGCGUUAUUAAUCCCAAAGAAAGACCGCUCUUGGCAUAUGUGUGUGGACAGUCGAGCUAUCAACAAAAUAACAACCCGGUACAGGUUCCCAAUACCAAGACUGGAUGAUCUUCUAGAUCAAAUCGGCAAAGCAUCUAUCUUCACCAAAUUGGACCUGAAAAGCGGUUACCAUCAGAUUCGCAUUCGUCCAGGAGAUGAAUGGAAGACAGCUUUUAAAACGCGGGAAGGUCUGUUUGAAUGGUUGGUCAUGCCUUUCGGGCUUUCAAACGCACCAAGCACAUUUAUGCGCGUCAUGAAUCAGGCCCUCCGUCCCUUUAUUGGACGUUUUGUUGUCGUCUAUUUUGACGAUAUACUCAUCUUCAGCACUACACUUGACGAACAUAUGAGCCAUUUGAGAGAUGUGCUCUUAGCAUUGCGCAAAGAAAAGUUAUACAUUGCUAAACACAAGUGCGAGUUCGGUGCAUCAGAAGUUUUAUUCUUAGGCUACGUGGUGUCAUCUACGGGUUUAAGGGUGGAUCCACAGAAGGUAGAAGCCGUGGCCUCAUGGCCUACACCGACCACAAUUACAGAGAUUCGGAGCUUCCAUGAUUGUAUGAAGGGCGUGUCGUUUACUUGGACCACGGAGGCAUCGAUAGCAUUUUCCACCAUUAAAGACAAGCUUACUUCGGCUCCUAUACUAGUGCUGCCCGAUUUCAAUUCUCCUUUUGAGCUGCACUGUGAUGCAUCAAAGUUAGGGGUUGGGGCGGUUCUCAGUCAGCAUGGACGACCUGUCGCGUUCUAUAGCGAAAAACUAGCAGGAGCUCGCGGUCGUUACAGCACGUACGACGUUGAGUUCUACGCAAUUGUUCAAGCUGUCAAGCAUUGGCGCCACUAUCUGGCGCAUAAGGAGUUCAUCUAG